GCGUCACGGAUGAACAGCAGCAGCUACAGAGGAAGCGUCCACUAUGGCUGAAACCCACAGCUUACAGGACCUCCAGCAGCCAGCUGUUUUCUCCAAGGUGUUUGUCCAGAGAGACUACGGCUCAGGGACCAUCUGCAGGUUCCAGACCAAGUUCCCCUCUGACCUUGAAUCAAGGCUCGAUAAGCAGCAGUUUGAGGAGACCAUCCAGACUCUAAACAACCUUUAUGCAGAGGCAGAAAAACUAGGGGGGAAGUCCUACUUGGAGGGCUGCCUGGCCUGUCUCACUGCUUAUACCGUAUUCCUCUGUAUGGAGACACACUAUGAAAAGGUGUUAAAGAAGAUCGCCAGAUAUGUUAAGGACCAGAAUGAGAAGGUAUACGCUCCCAGAGGCUUGCUGCUCACUGACCCCAUAGAGAGAGGUCUCAGAGUCGUUGAAAUCACCAUCUUUGAAGACAGAAGUAUUGGCUCUGGAAGAUAAAGAAUCUUGGAUGAUGACUUUGACCAGAUACUGUUAUUUUGUCUGGCAGCACAUUCAGACACCUUCUUCACCCGAAUGGAUGUAUAUAAUUUUGAUCUGAUCCCUUUCUCUGUUAUUUAUAUGUACUCUACUGUCUGCCUAUCUGUAUGUUUGUGUGUUUUCAUGUCUUUUUAUACAUGAGGUGAUGUAUAAAUCAUGUCCAAGUUGAUCAAAACCAGUCCUUAUGAAUAGUGCCAUUGUAUAAAAUGCCACUUUUGAUCAUGGUACUUAUAAGUGAUUUGACGUGUGUAUUGUUUUGCAAAUAAUAUAAAGUCGAAUAAUGUGUAGUCACCCGGAAUUGUCAUAGAAAUAGGUUAGGAUGGAGUUUUUGGCAUCAUCUGUAAACAGUAAUUCUGUUAUGGAUAACACUCCACAGUAUUAAUUGCUGGUUGUAGCCUUUGUUGAGGCAAAUGUUCUUAUAUGUGCAUGAAAGUGACUUUUAUUGGGGAAUCACGUCUUGUGCAAAAUACACAUUGGAAGUUCUGAGCUGGAGAUUUUUGUGACUUUAAAGAUGUAGAAUGUUUACUGUUAAUAAGUCCAUCACAAGGUGAUGAUCACAUAUAUCACAUCAAGUAAUGAUAACAUGACCUAGUGCAGUUUGAGAAAUGCCCUGCUCUCUGCUGUCAGAGAACCACUGCACUACAUGUCCUCUCUAAUUUUCAGCAGUCGUUGUUAAAUGUCUCUCUGAAGUUUCUCUGUCUAUAUUGCGAACGUCAUCCCCUUUUCUUUUUUUUUAAUAAUCACCAAACACCACAGAAACCUUAAACACAGAUGAUUGCUAUAGCUGGUGUUUGAUACAACAUGUCUACUUUUCUUACAAAUAUUGUUCUGAUUAUCGUAAUAAAUUGUCUUUUCUUGGAAAUCUGUAGAGCUCCUUGUGUUUGACUUUUAUUUCAAAUGUCAG